GUGCCUGUGCGGCUGUGCGACUUUGAGUAGCUCAAGGAGCGCGCGAAAUCCCCAAAAGGAAGCCGGCUAGUUCCAGAGCAGACGCAUCACCCCUCUCUCUCUCUCUCUCUCUCUCGCUCUGCGUCUGCACAGCACAAAUAGAGUUUGAUCGUAGAGAGAGAAAGAAACAGAGUUUGUAGAGAUUCUACAGAGAGAAGACGUACAGAGUUGGAGAGAGAGAGAGAGAGGGGACCUCGUGACACAAUCCCUUUGUUUAAACUUUACGAUGCCACCUCUCUCUCUUACUUGUCGAGGAGAUUACCCAUCGCUCUCUCUCUCAUUCUUGUGCAGUGAGCCCUCACCAAAACUCUCUCAUAUCUCCCAUCCCCAUCCUCUCUCUAUAAAUUCCCACUCUGCAGUUUUCUUCCCCGCUGCAGUCCCCUCCCUCUCUCUCUGCUCCUCUCACUCUUACCAAAUUCUAGUGGGAAACAAACAUAAGCCCAGAAAGAGGCUGUUCUCUUCCUCCACCUCCCUCCAUUCUUCCUCUGUUUCGCGUACAAUGUCGGCUUGUAAGGACGAAGACCCUCGUAUCCAUAGUAUCAAAACUCAGAUUCGCGUUGUGCCCAAUUUUCCCAAACCAGGGAUUAUGUUUCAAGACAUCACCACUCUGUUGCUCGAUCCAAAGGCUUUCAAGAACACAGUCGAUUUGUUUGUGGAGCGAUACAAAGGCGAGAACAUUUCGGUUGUUGCGGGAAUUGAAGCCCGUGGUUUUAUAUUUGGCCCACCCCUUGCAUUGGCAAUUGGUGCAAAGUUUGUUCCUUUGAGAAAACCAAGGAAAUUGCCUGGUCCUGUCAUCUCGGAAGAGUAUAUUUUGGAAUAUGGAAAGGAUUGCCUUGAGAUGCACAUUGGAGCAGUUGAACCUGGAGAGCGUGCUUUGGUGGUUGAUGAUUUGGUUGCUACUGGUGGAACUCUCUGUGCGGCUAUGAAUUUACUGGAACGAGCUGGAGCAGAAGUAGUUGAAUGUGCAUGUGUAAUUGAAGUGCCAGAUUUAAAGGGUCGUGAGCGUUUGAAGGGCAAGCCUUUAUUUGUACUUGUGGAGUCACAUGAAUGAACAGUAGCAAAUGAUGAAAUGCUGGAAUGCUGCAGCAUUGACAAAGUGUACAUUAGAGAGUUAUUGUUGGCUACUUCUCAUUUAGAAUCUGCUUUCAUGUUCCUUGCUUUUCCAUUUUUAAUGAAUUUUGAUAGACCCUGAUGGUUGUGAUCCGUCAUUAAUAGUUUAGAAACAUUGAAUUUGUGAAAAGGGCUUGACAUCGAGAAAUGUUCUAGGAAUUUAUGCAAUAUUUUUCUUAUAAUUUUUUUUUUAAAAAAACUGGAGGAUGAAUUUGCACAA